AUGCUGAGCUCGAAGCUCCUCAGCGGCCAAAACACCGCUGUGCCGGUGGCUCCAGGUGACACCGUGAGCUGGGUCCUUGCCAAUGACGGCGCCGUCCCCUGGCCCGCCGGCACCACGCUGCGCCUCGUGUCGGGGCCGGUCCUGGCGAACCCGGUGCUGGAGGUGCCCUCGGCCCAGCCGGGCCAAACCGUGGAGCUCUCCAUGGAGGUCACCAACGACCAGGACCAGGUCCUGGAGGCCAACUACUGCUUGGUCACCCCUUGUGGCAAGCCGUUUGGGGAGCUCCUGGGCUUCAGCGUCGGCAAGAAGGAGAGCCCUCAGAGCCCUCCUCCUCUCUGUGGAAUCCUGGCUGCUCCGGAUGACAGUAUGGAGGCGCUGCAAGGGGAGGUGAAGGCGCUGACCUGGACCCUGGCCAAUGUUGGCCAAGCCGACUGGCCCGCGGAUGCUUGCUGCCGCCUCUUUUACAACACCCCGGGAUUCGAGCACCUUCCGGCGGACAUCCCGAUUCCGGGCAUGAAGCCAGGCUUCACGGUCGACCUGGAGGUCCAGGCGCUCAUGCCCGAGAAGGAGGGAUGCUUCCGUGCCAUGUGGGCGGUGACCAGCCCUUCUGUUCCAGAUUUCGGGGAGGUGCUUGCGGCUGAGUUCCACGUCAGCGACUUUCCCUUCAUGGAUUGGAUGCUUGCGGAGACGGAGAGCUUCUCCAUCAUCUCCGAAGAGGCCAAAUCUGAGGCUCCCGACGCUCCCGCGGAGGCUGAGGUGGCGCCCGAGGCCCCUUCGGUGCUUUCGGCGGGUUACGUGAUGCACGAGCACCUGUUCGGCAAUGCCGAGGUGUCUUACCCGGAGCGCUUGGAGCGGAGCGGCCUGGUCUCCUUGGGCUCCGUGGCGCUGAAGGCGGCGCCCUGGGUGGUGCGGCUCCUCGUCCAGAACCAAAGCACGCUGCCCUGGCCCGAGGACUGUUCGCUCCAGUGCUGCCUGGGCAGCGGUUUCGGAUGCGCGUCCCUGCCCUUGGGCAGCGUCGAGCCUGGAGAGGUGAUCCAAAUCUGCAUGGAACUGGAGGCCGCCCAGGGGCGCUCGGCGUGGGUCUUGGGAAGCGGCGGCAUCUGCUUCGGGCCCGUCUUUGUGGUCGAGGCGAACUGA